GCGACACGUAGUGCUGAACUCUUGCAAGUUUUCUCCAACAAGGAACCUUUACUCGGUACAGCAUCAGCAUCCAAUCGUAAACAAUUCCGACCGUUUCCUAGCAGCAAGCAUCAACCGUAAGCAGACAAGCGUUUGCUAUUCGGUUUGACGUGCAGGCCGGGUGCGCUUUUCAGGUUCCUUCGCAAAAUGCAUCAGCGAUAACACGAUUCUACAAUGGCUAAGGCCAAGACACCAAACAGCAGCAGCAACAGCUCUCGCAGAGACGAUGCCGUCCCCGUCGCUGCGCGCCAGAAUGAAGAAGAGCACGGUCUCCUUGCCGCACGCAUUUCCGACGAUGACGACGACUACGACGUCGACGAGGCCAGGCACGCCUUUGCAACGAAGGCAAACGGUAAAGGUGGCUUGGUCCUACAUCGAGGCAACUCGUCCCCCGGUGUAGAGGCAGCACAGGCAACGGCGACGACAGAAGCGCACAAGCCGCGCACACCGAGGACGCCAAACCGAGUGCGCUUCGAUCUGCGACUGACCAACAUCCCGCCGCGCGCCAACGGCCACCGCUACAGCGACAGCUACCCGAACGAGGAUUUAGACGACCUCGAGAUGUCCGAGCCCAACAGCCACCACGGCGAUGCCUACUCCCCCUCGCAGUCACACCACCCCCUCCUGACAGACAUGGAGGCGCCCUCAGUCGCGCUAGCCAACAGCCUCUGGGGCGACGAGGAUGCGCGCUCAUGGGCCGAGGCCGAGCGCGCGCGCCCCAAGUCGGGCCUCCGUUCCGCCUUCAUGAAUAUGGCCAACAGCAUCAUCGGCGCCGGCAUCAUUGGACAACCCUACGCAUUCCGGCAGGCUGGCCUACUGGCCGGCAUGAUCCUGCUGGUAGGGCUUACUGUCGUCGUCGACUGGACCAUCCGCUUAAUCGUCGUCAACAGCAAGCUGAGUGGCGCGAAUAGCUUCCAAGGCACCGUUGAGCACUGCUUUGGCAAGACGGGGUUGGUCGCGAUAUCGAUUGCGCAAUGGGCGUUUGCGUUUGGGGGGAUGGUGGCGUUUGGGGUGAUUGUCGGAGACAGCAUACCGCAUGUUUUGCAGGCUAUCUGGCCGGGGCUCAGCGAAAUACCCGUACUGGGCUUGUUGGCGGAUCGGAGGACCGUGAUUGUGGUGUUUGUGUUGGCGAUCAGCUUUCCCUUGACGCUGUAUAAAGAUAUCGCGAAGCUGGCGAAGGCGAGCACGGCGGCGUUGAUCAGCAUGAUCAUCAUCUUGGUCACGGUGCUGAUCCAGAGCGCAUUGGCUCCGAUGGAGGAUAGGGGGUCUUUCAGUACGCCUUUGCUCACGGUCAAUUCGGGCAUUUUCCAGGCUAUAGGCGUUAUAUCGUUUGCAUUUGUCUGUCACCACAACUCACUCCUUAUCUACGGCUCGCUCAGAACCCCGACUAUGGACCGCUUCGCGACGGUAACGCACUACUCGGCGGGUGUUUCCAUGGUGGCUUGUAUACUCAUGGCGCUCGCGGGUUUCCUCACAUUUGGAGACAAGACGCUGGGCAAUGUGCUCAAUAACUUUCCGGCGGAUAACACUAUGGUCAAUGUCGCGCGACUAUGUUUCGGCCUCAACAUGCUCACCACGCUGCCCCUCGAGGCCUUCGUCUGCCGCGAGGUCAUGCUCAACUACUACUUCCCCGGUGAGCCUUUCAACAUGAAGCUGCACCUGAUCUUCAGCUCCGGCCUCAUCCUCUCGGCCAUGGGUAUCAGCCUCAUUACGUGCGACCUCGGUGUCGUCUUCGAGCUCGUCGGCGCCACCAGCGCAUGUGCCCUCGCCUACAUCCUCCCGCCCCUGUGCUACAUCAAGCUGAGCUCCAGGAGCUGGAAGACGUACCUUGCGUGGGCGGUGGUGGCGUUUGGAUUUAGUGUCAUGGGGAUUAGCGUGUUGCAGGCUGUUGGAAAGUUGAUCAAAGGAGGCGAGGGUAUGGCGAAAUGUGUUUAGACUUAGAAUAGAAAGAAAAAGCGAAAUACGUACGGCGUGCACUGCUUUAAAGGCGUUGGGGCCGUGUUGUGUCGGUUCCCGGGCGUGGUUAUGCAUAUUCAGAGACCAAUAUGGCGGGGGUAGGCACGGUCCGGGUCAUACUAUAGACGGUUUCAAAGUCGGUUCUGUAAAGAAUCAAGAAUAUGCAUCACAGGUUAGAUAGAUAGAGAAUAUAUAAGCACUGCUCAAGC